AUUACUUCAAGUAUAAUGAAAAUACACCCCCAGGCAAAAUGUACAUGUAGCAAGCACGGCAUUUCUGACCGCGCGAGAAGAGCAAAGAUGGCGGAGGAGAUGAACGUAAAGGGUGAAGAAGCACUUACAGAUGUGGAAGAAAAAGAUCCUUCAUUACACUGCCUGACGUACAGUAACGGAAGCUCAUGGUACAAUUCUAUUAGUUGGAGCAAAGAUGGCAGGCUUGCUGUAUUAACAAAUAGCAACAUUUACGUUUUAACGGUAACCAAUUCAAAUAUUCGAAAGAAGGUGGGCAUAUCUUUAGGAUUAAAAUUUGAAUCAAGCAUAGUUUCAAAUUUAAAAAGAUGUAAAUAUGAUGAUGGUGGUGUCAGUGCCAAAGCCUUACUUAAAAGCGAUUUUAAACAACGUCAAGCCUAUCUUUUGGAUAAAACAAUAUUACAACGAGAGGAUGUGUCACCAAAUAUUGAAAGUUAUUGCUCCUUUAAAUGGUCUCCCCCUGGUUGUUCCAAAGAUGGCAGAUGCUGCAUGGCCACUUUAGGUGUCAAUGGGUCCGUUUACAUACAAUGUAUCGAAGUAAUAACUGGAAUUUGGGCUCCUUGUAUUGCUGUAACUGAUUCCUUAAAGCAAUACUUCUUGGAGACUGACUGGCAUGAUAUUGAAACUAAAAAUAAUGACGGCAAUAAGUGUAGUGACUCGAAAACUAAGCAAGAGCAUGUUGAUUUGUGUUCUGUGUUUUCUAAGAAGUCACAUAUGUUGUUUACGUCAGUGGUGUGUUGGUGUCCUGUUUCGUGGUAUUGUCAUCACUGCUGCACAAACAAGAAUCCAGAUAAUAUAUAUUACUCAAGUUAUUUUCAAACUUAUGUAAAAUGUGAACACACUAAACUCUUUUUUGUCACAGCUAGUCUAUCUGGGCUGUUACAUGUAUGGUUAAUAACGUUUAAUUUACAAGAUAAAAGUCAAAGCAAGAUUGAAAGGCUAGAAGGUUGGCAGACCGAGUCAGGUUGGCCAACUAGUCUAUCAUGGCACCAAAGUGGAUCAGCUGAUGCUUACCUUGCUGUUGGAUUCUCUAAUGGUUGUAUAAAUGCGUACCACCUAAGGAUCUCUGUUCAAAAUGGACAAUAUUGUUGUGAGUGUGUCCACACAUCAAAAAUUUGGGAGGAAAAAGAUAUGUUAAAUGUAUUAUUCACUGAAUGGAUUUCACCUAAAGAUUCUGUUCUUCGACUCGUAGCUACUAAAGGGGCUGAUAUUGUUGUGUUUAAAACUACGAAACAAGAGGAUGGCUCUCUGCUGUGUUUGUCAUGUGAGUUAGCACCCAGUUGUCAUACAUCACCAAUCACAUCCCUGCAGUGCCUGUCUGACAAGUAUGUGUUGACAGCGAGUGGUGGAGCGACGCAAUAUUUUGACAUAGACAACGAAAGUUUGCCGUUCUGUGAUAAUAAUGUGUUGCGUGGCUUUCGAUGUUUGGGAAUUUCUGCUGAACCAAAUAUGACAAUGUUGGCUAGGGUUUCAUGCGCAUCUCGUUUACUGUUACACCAAAGUACCUUUGUCAAACAAAUGGAGGUAUCCUUUCUUCCAUUCAUGUCACCAGAAGCCAUUGCUGAACAACUUAUCAACAAAACACUCAAUUUAGACAUGGUUGUUCGAGAGUAUUUUUCUGUGUCUGCUGCAGAGGACUUCUUACUGCCACCGUCUCUGCACAAAUACUGUGAUGAGCCUGAUACAUACGAGAAGGAGAUAAAAGAAUUACAAAUUUACUUGUAUUUUAAUCAGUUGCGUUACAUGAGACAGACAGGCUUAAGGGAUACAUCAAUCACCAGGGAAGAAGUGAGCACGAAUAUGUUGUCGAUGGAAUUUGAUGAUCCUGUUAUACGAAAAAUCGAGCAGAAGAUAGAACUUUUAUUUUUUAAGGAGAUGUUAUUAAAGUGUGUUCAACUGUUAGAAAGUGGUUGGUUGAAGCAGUCGUAUUGUGGUCACCUGACGUUGUUGUUGAUUGCUGAUUGGUUGCUACAAAUAGAUACCUCAUCAGAUAGUCACGAACUGUCUACGAAAUGUUUUACCUUACUUCAAGAUGACGAUUCUUUGAAAGAACUCGCGCGACUUAAAGAAGAUGAUAAGAAAAUUGACGGUGUCGAGCAAGAUGUUAUCAAAAGCGAAACUAUCGAUGACAUACUACCGGAAAACAAUAGUGAAAGCAGCACAGCAGAUUCCGAUGUGAAAAUAGGCCACGCCCAACAGUGUUCUAAGGGGGUGCAUAUCAGCCAUAGUGCUUCGUCACAUAACUUCGUGUACCGUCGCUGGAGUAGACCUCGGGAGAAGUGCCCUUAUUGCGACUCUGACACUGUUUUAAACUCAGCUAGGUCAGGCGUUUGUGCAAACAAUCAUAAAUUUCCACGUUGUAGGUUAACAUUGCGAUUACUAACAGAGGCAAGUUAUCGAACGUGUAUGGGUUGUAGAAAAACUGUUGCAAAUAAGUACCUUUCUGGCGAACUCACUGUAGAUAGCGUCUUGUUAAACAUAGACACUUGUCCGUUUUGUGGAUGUGCGUUUGUGGAGUGCUAUGGCCUGUAAGAAAAAAGCUAAGGCGGAUAGAUGAAAAAGAAAACUUCUGACGAUCUUGCCUAGCGAGCGUCCUACUAUCUUAAAAUCUAAGCCUACUGUAAUACCCUACUUCUAGUGGUUCUGCUUUUUAACUUUAGAAAAAUUCUAAUCACUAAAUGCUGAUGUCAAUCAAUGUAAAUUACAUUUACAGACAUCAAUGGGACUUCAAGAAUGUUUAAAGUUUCGACCAAACGCCUUUGAGUGGUAAAUGUAUUUUUAACUAACUUGCCAAAUAAAUAACAACAUCGCUUAGAACUGCAUUUAGACUCCUACAUAGUGGGCCCUUCUAAGCACCCCCUCCCCCUAUUUGUUUUGACUCCGUAUAAUACUCCAUUUUGCUAGUACUUCAUUUUACUGUCAAACGAAAAAAACCUGUGUAGUUGUUACUAGCGUUUUGAUUAACAAGAAGUUUUGGCGCAGUCCAAAAUUUCUUGUUAACCAGAACUUCUUUUUCGUAUAUUUGCGUUUGUUUUAUUUAUCUUUAUUUAUUUCAACAUAAAUUUUUUAAUGUAUUGCAUAUUUUAUUAGAGAAAUAAGUUUAUAUCAAAAUGAAAAUAAAUACUAAUAUUACUUAG